GGCCGGAAGACCCUCUUUCUCACGGGCUCUAGAGGUUCCUGGCGGCUGCCUCGGGACUGGCCGUCCGGACGGCUCCGCAGAGUCCAGGCCGGCUGGUGCACCUCCCGUGUCCUUGACGCCAUGGGCGUGAUAGGUAUUCAGCUGGUCGUUACCAUGGUGAUGGCCAGCCUCAUGCAGAAGAUUAUACCUCACUAUUCCCUUGCUCGAUGGCUUCUGUGUAAUGGCAGUUUGAGAUGGUAUCAACAUCCUACCGAAGAAGAAUUAAGAAUUCUUGCUGGAAAGCAGCAAAAGGGAAAAAGCAAAAAAGACAGGAAAUACAAUGGUCACAUUGAAAAUAAGCCUCUGACCAUUCCAAAAGAUAUUGAUCUCCAUCUAGAAACAAAAUCAGUUACAGAAGUGGAUGCUUUAGCGUUACAUUACUUUCCAGAAUAUCAGUGGUUAGUGGAUUUCACCGUGGCUGCUACAGUUGUUUAUCUAGUAACUGAAGUCUACUACAGUUUCAUGAAGCCCUCACAAGAGAUGAAUAUCAGCUUAGUCUGGUGCCUGCUUGUUUUGUCUUUUGCAAUCAAAGUUCUGUUUUCAUUAACUACACAUUAUUUUAAAGUUGAAGAUGGUGGUGAAAGAUCAUUAUGUGUCACUUUUGGAUUUUUUUUCUUUGUCAAAGCAAUGGCAGUUUUGAUUGUAACAGAAAAUUACCUUGAAUUUGGACUUGAAACAGGAUUUACAAAUUUUUCAGACAGUGCGAUGCAGUUUCUUGAAAAACAAGGUUUAGAAUCUCAGGGUCCUGUUUCAAAACUUACUUUCAAAUUUUUCCUGGCUAUUUUCUGUUCGCUCAUUGGGGCUUUUUUGACAUUUCCUGGAUUACGGCUGGCUCAAAUGCAUCUGGAUGCCCUGAAUUUGGCAACAGAAAAAAUUACACAAACAUUACUUCAUAUUAACUUCUUGGCACCAUUAUUUAUGGUUUUGCUCUGGGUAAAACCAAUCACCAAAGACUACAUUAUGAACCCACCAUUGGGUAAAGAAAGCGUGCCUUUAAUGACAGAAGCUACAUUUGAUACUCUGCGACUGUGGUUAAUAAUCCUGCUGUGCGCUCUGCGGUUAGCCAUGAUGCGUAGUCACCUGCAAGCUUACUUAAACUUAGCACAGAAAUGUGUGGAUCAGAUGAAGAAAGAAGCAGGGCGAAUAAGUACAAUUGAGCUACAAAAAAUGGUUGCCCGAGUGUUUUAUUACCUUUGUGUCAUUGCACUACAAUAUGUGGCGCCCCUGGUAAUGCUGCUUCACACAACUCUGCUUUUGAAAACUCUGGGUAAUCAUUCCUGGGGGAUUUAUCCAGAAUCUGUGUCUGCUUUGCCAGUGGAUAAGAGUCUGCCCUCCCAUUCUGUUUACUCUGAAUUACCUUCAGGUGAUGGAAAGAUGAAGGUGACUGUUACACAGAUAACAGUAGCACUGAGCAGCUUAAAAAACAUUUUCACUCCUCUGCUUUUUCGAGGAAUUCUCUCUUUUCUGACAUGGUGGAUUGCUGCUUGUCUUUUUUCUACAAGCCUCUUUGGGCUUUUCUAUCACCAGUAUUUGACUGUGGCAUGAACCUCAGUUAACAAAGGAUAUUCAAGUCAUAUUUUGAAUUCAAAUACUUGUGCCCUUGAAGGACUGAUGAAAACCAGAAGAAAGCAAAUACAAAGGAUAAAAGAACAUAUCAGAAUAUCUUUUAAAUGUUUCCUCUGUAUUCUCAGGUGAAUUAAUGGUAUAUUUAAAACUACAGAGUAGAAUGUUAACUACUAUACUGUGGCAUUGGAAUGUUAACCCCUUGUAUUAACUGAUAGGGGAGGGCUAUCUACAAGGGUAAUAUUUCUGAUUACCUUGGUUUACAGAAACCUCCAACAGUCUCUUACAUUUUCAUAGGACUCCAGUUAUUGACUGAUUGCUCUUAAAGGUAUUAAGGUACUGUUGAUCUUCAUAGUGGGUGCCUAUAGAACAAUCUUCAAACUGAGCCAUGCUUUAGGGAAACGAAAGAGCAGAUGUCGCUUCUGUUGGUAAUAGUCAUUCUUGAAACAAGCAAAAUCCAACAGAAAGGAAGAAAUAGCUACUGUAUAUUACAGUAAAGAAAGCUGCAUAGUAAUUUUAAAUUUAAGAGAUGUAUGUGCUUAAUAUAUGCAAGCACUACUGCUUGAGAGUAGCAAGAGUACUGUUUUAAAGUGUAUUCUGUCCAACUUGAGAGAUAUUUUUAAAUGUUUGGCCAUAUGAACAUUUACAAUCUUGUUGAUAGGUUUGGGCCUACCAUCUUUUAUUUUACUCUAUGAUCCUAAAUAGUUCUUUUUAAUAGUCUAAACAUAUUUAUCAAUAUUGAUCAGUCUUUAAAGAAAUUACUUUGUAAUCCUGCUGACUACCUGUAUGUAUUGUGUAUAUAUAUAUAUUAUAUAUUAAAUAUAUAAUAUAUUGAGACUAUAAAGAUGAAAAUAUUCAAUCCUAUAGUAUUUUAAGUUUCUAAAUGUAUGUUUAAAUGUGAUUGAAUGAGUUGUAUUUGUAUCUAGAAAUUUUCCUUUUGGAAUGAGAUUAAAAUACAUUUUGAAAGUUC